UUUUUUUUGAGAUUGAUGUCAAUCAUCAUUCCCUUUUUUUUCAGUUUUUCCCUUUCUUUUAACUCUAUCAUCAUCAUCAUAUUUUGUUGGAGAGAAUAUUAUAAAAUCAAAAUCGUCAACCUAAGCGGAAAGUGAAACGCGACUUAAAGAAUGGUUUCACUCCCAUUUCGAUUCCAAGCAUUUAAGUUCGAUGGUAUCUGUCAAACAGUAGCUUUAACAUUAUGUCCAUUGAUUGGAAAGUACGAUGGCAUCGAACCAUUUUGCUAUUCUCGUAAUGUUGAAUUUGCUGGCAUGCUCAUCUUUCAGCCUGCUACGCUAAUAAUGGAUAUAGUCGCAAUAUGUAUGGCAGGAGUAAUGAUUUAUCAUGUCAAAACAAAAUAUACAGCUGUCGGUCGUAAAGAGAUCACCAUGUUUUUUCAGCUUUAUUUGGUGACAAUGUUAUUGGAAAUGUUAUUGGUAUCUAGCAUCAUCCCUACAGCCUCUAGCCUAUAUCCAUUUUUUACAUCAGCUCAUUUAGGUUUAGGUAGUGUAACCUUUUGGUGCUUGUUACUGAAUGGAUUCGUUGGGUUUCAAUUCGCAGAGGAUGGGACACCAAUCAGUUUAUGGUCCAUCCGCAUUACAUCAUUUGCUGUCUUUUUUAUAGUAGGGUUUGUUGGUAUGGCAACGUUUAAUAAUGUUGGUCCAUUCAACUGUACAUAUCCUAUAGGACUCUGGGUGAUAUAUUUCAUUUUUAAUGGAGCCUGUUUUAUGAUAUAUUUGAUCUCACAAUUGUUUCUUGUGGCUUAUACACUUGAUGAUCGAUGGCCAUUAGGUGAUAUUGCAUUUGGCGUAUUGUUUUUCUUGACAGGUCAAGUCAUUAUGUUUAUAUUUUCACUUCCACUUUGUGAACAGAUGAAACAUUACAUGGAUGGACUCUUUUUCGGUACAACAUUCAAUCUAUUAGCAGUGAUGAUGGUAUAUAAAUAUUGGGAUUCAAUCACAAAGGAAGAUCUCGAAUUCUCAAUUGAUUCUAAACAUCAAGAGUGGCAAACUUUACUAAUACAUGAUGAUAUCAAUUAUAAUGAAAAAAAUAAAAUUUGAAAUGAAAGAAUGGAACAUCAUCCAUAAAAAGAAAAAUAGAAAAAAAGAAAAAAGUCAGGAGCUUUGUUUCUAAAGAAAUCGGGUAUUCAAAUGAAAAACUGGUGAGUGUGCGUGUGAGAUUUCUUUUUCAUUUCUUUAUUUAAAUAGAAUCAUUUCCCACUCGA